UCCAGUAAUAUCUAUUAGCGUCUAGUUUCUACCCCAAGAAAUGUCAUGCUGCCACAACUGCCGGAGGCCCGGAUAGCCGAAGCUGCAUCACUUACCAACUAUUAAUAUGAAGUCUCAUGAUACCAUGUGGGACUUGUGGCGGAGAGGGAUGAUUGCAUUUGAUCACAAAUAACGCCCCUUGAGUCUUGCUGAAGCUAUUAUCAGCCAUAGCUGAUAGUAGAACCCUAUAAAAGAAGCAUCACAGCCCUAUACAAAGUUCGACGGGACAACACCAUAGCCGUUACCAAGUCAAGCUAUUUAUUGAUACGACUAUACAAUGCCGCUUGUCAUUGCUCGCUCCCUGCAGAGGGAUGCCAUAUCCUCAGUGCAUCCUGGCUCUUCAACAUCAUCGGACAUUGAAAAAUACGCCACCACCCUAACGAUUAAGCCUACGCCUUUUUCAGACCAUUCGACACUAGCUGAUGCCUCUGACGACCGCCGCUUUUGGUUUCAGAAAUCGAAAAGCUACAAUCCAAAUGCUAUCGCAACGCAACCUUCCGUGUUCGACGAUCCCGAACUUGUUGCGGAGUACAAACCACAAGCAGACUGGGAGAGCGUCCAUCGCUUUGAUCCGUCAGCAAGAUGGACCUGGGGUGAAGAAAAUAGAGCGGCCCGGAAGCUCGAUAUGCGGAUCAUGGUAUUGGCCUGCAUGAUGAUGACAGCAAUGGAGCUUGAUCGCUCAAAUAUUCAGCAGGCCAAUGCCGAUGAUUUCUUGUCUGAUCUUGGGUUAUCUAGGAAUGAUUACAACCUUGGCAAUUCUAUAUUCAAGCUAUUCUACCUCCUGAGUGAGAUUCCUGCGCAACUGAUCGGCAAAUAUAUUGGAGUCGAUAAGUGGAUUCCCAUUCAAAUGACCUCAUGGUCGUUGGUGGCUCUAUGUCAGUUUUGGUUGCGAGAUAGAAGUUCGUUCCUGGCCUGUCGAGCCUUGAUUGGUGUAUUCUCAGGGGGGUUUACGCCUACUAUGAUCUUAUAUCUCUCCAAUUUCUAUAAGCACCACGAGCUUUCUAUUCGCUUGGGGUUCUGGUACUCUGCACAAGCAUUAGCAGACGUUCUAGCAGGGUUUUUGGCCUAUGGUAUACUGCAUCUGCGUGGCUAUGCUGGUCAAGCUGGUUGGCGUUGGCUUUUCUUGAUCGAGGGUUCUUUUACUCUAGUCCUUGCCAUCCUGUCUUUUCUUUUCUUACCACCGUCCGUGACCCAAACAGCGAGCUGGGCUCGGGGUAAGAAAGGCUGGUUUACGGAGCGAGAAGAAGUUAUUCUGGUCAAUCGAAUCCUUCGCGAGGACCCAAGCAAGGGUUCCAUGAGAAACAACGAACCCUUGACAGCCAAGCUUGUGUGGCAGAGUUUCAAAGAUUACGAUUUGUGGCCACUCUAUAUGAUUGGCCUCAUAUUUUUGGUCCCAUAUACAACGGUCUCUCAAUACUUUACACUACUGAUGAAAGACUUCGGCUUUGGCGAGUUUAACGUCAUCCUGCUCGCUAUCCCAUGCAGUGUUCUCGGGAUUGUAACUAGGAUCAUUCUCACCUAUGCCGCCGAGAUUUUCGGGUCCCUUGCAUGGAUGGGUGUUCUGAGCCAAGCCUGGACCUUACCGAUGCUUAUCUACAUGAAUGUGGUCGAUUUUAGUCAGACCAAGAAAUGGAUUGGGUGGACGGUCCUCACCUUGAUCCUUUCCUUCCCCAGUCCCCAUGCUCUCCAAGCGGGAUGGAACUCUCGCAAUUCCAACAGCGUGCGAUCGCGUGCACUGUCCGCGGCGAUGUACAAUAUCUGCGUGCAAAUAUCGGGGAUCAUUGCGUCGAACGUCUAUCAAGACUGGGAUGCUCCUCGCUAUGUGCUGGGGAAUCGAGUUCUUCUCGCUCUCGUCUGCACGAACAUGGCAGUAUACGUUGCGACGAAGGGCUACUAUAUACUUCGUAAUCGCCAGCGCGAUCGGAAGUGGCUUGCGAUGACGGAGGAGCAGCGAAUCGAGUACAUUGCGACUACUAAGGAUACAGGGAAUAAACGUUUGGAUUUCCGGUUUGCACAUUGAGAUGAAUUGAGUUGAGUUGACUAAUAGGAAACGUAAUGGAAGCUUGGCCAAGUCCAUUGUUUAGAGCAG